UGUGAGUGUAUGGUGUAUAGUCGGAUGGGCUGCUCAUGAUCGCGCAGCAUCAGUCCGGUGUUCCGGUGUUGCUGUCCUCCGUCACUCCUCAGCUCGUCUGUCAUGACGCCUCUGGUCUCGAUGUUCAUUCGGCGGCCCCUUAAAUGCCAGGCCGUCAUCCUCUGUGCGCAUGCGCUCUGCAUCCCUCAUCCCGGUGACGUCACGGUCUUCAUUCUGACAAGAUGUGGUUCUGUUCCGCGGAGCAGCGCCGAUCUGCGUGAUUUACCGCGACCAAAUCAAAGAGAUCCGGUGCUGUGGAGGCCAGAGUCCGCCAUGGAGCUGCAGCAGGCGCUGUCCGGUAUGAAGAUGUACGGGGCGCUGCAGGAGACACACCGACACACGGACACAGGUGACGUGUCGAUGGCCGAGCGCUCCGUGUCUGCAGAGGAGAUCGAGGCAGAGAUGUCGCGUAUUCAGCGUCUGCGGGAGGUGCUGGUGCGGCGCGAGUCUGAGCUCAGAUUCAUGAUGGACGACAUUCAGCUCUGCAGAGAGAUCAUGAACCUGAAGCAGGAGCUGAGGAAGACUGUCAGAGUGCCAGACACAGAGAAGACGAAGCAGCAGCGGCAGGCGGAGGAGAAGCUGAUCCUGCAGAUACACACACUGGUGCAGAAGAGAGAUUACCUGGUGGAGGACGCAGAGGUGGAGCGUCUGAGGGAGCAGGAGGAGGAUCAGGAGAUGGCAGAGUUCCUGCAGCAGAAGCUCAGCGUUAUCCAGAGAGCUCCAAAACCGAGAGUGACCGAAGCUCCCGCCAACAAGCCGUCGAUCAGCAGGACGAGUGCGGCGGUGCUGCGGGACUGCUGCGGGGCCACGCGCUGCGCCAUCAUGUGAAGAGAAGAGUGUGUGAAGGCGACAACACACACACACACACACACACACACACACACACACACACACACACACACACCAGUGUACAGCAGACCACAGCACAACAGUAAACAUGUUUAGCUUCACAUCCUGAUCAACUGAAUGACUUAAAUCAUCAUAUGAGCUUCAGACAGGCAGAGUGUGUGUGUGUGUGUGUGUGUGUGUGUCCCAUGAAGCUUUAAUAAACUCAUUCAU